AUGUCAGACCCAACUCCGGAUGAGGAGCUGCCCAUGACACACACAGGUCCUAAGGGCGUGAUCAGCGACUGGAGGAAGUUCAAGCUGGAAAGCGAGGACUACGAGUCCAUGCCGCCCAACAAACGCGAGCUCCUACGGCAGAUGUCCAUUCCCAAAAGCACUGGGGAUGAGGAAAGAGUGAAUCGCAAGAUGAGCAUGCAGGAGUACGAGUUGAUCAAGGAGGAGGACGAGCGGUGCCUGAAGAAGUACCGUAAGCAGUGCAUGCAGGAUAUGCACGAGCGGCUGAGCUUCGGCCCCACGUUCGAAUCCGUGCACGAUCUGGAGAGCGGCGAGGCCUUCCUGGAGGUGAUCGAGAAGGAGCACCAGCUGACGGUGGUGGUGGUGCACAUCUACGAGGACCGGAUCCAGGGCUGCGAAGCUCUCAACGGCUGCCUGACCUGCCUGUCGGCCGAGUACCCCAGCGUCAAGUUCUGCAAGAUCCGGGCGUCUUGCACGGGGGCCGCCGACCGCUUCACCGACGACGUGCUGCCCGCCAUCUUGGUCUACAAGGAAGGGGAGCUCCUGGGAAAUUUCAUGUCCAUCACCAAGCACCUCAACGGGGAUUUCUUUGCCACUGACGUAGAGGCGUUCUUGAACGAGUACGGCCUGCUGCCAGAGAAGGAGUUCACCGCCUGUCUAGACGACGAGGAGGCUGAUGUGGAGUGA